ACACAUUAAGAAUGUCGGCAAUAGGUCAUUUUCCUAGGCGGUACCCAAUGAAAACGAAAGUGCCUCAACUCGCCUUCAGUACAGUUUAGCCACUGCUUGCACUUAACGGUAUAUUUCACGAUAUUUGAAUUUUUCGUACGGUCGAAAGUACUGUCAUAAAUUAAUAUAUACUGUCGCGGUCCUAGUGAGUCUUCUUUUCAACGAAAGCGGGUACUACCGACAAAACAUCUUAGUAGAAAGUUCAGUGCUUAUUAAGAAAAUGAAAGUUUAUAUUGGAAUAGUAUGUUACGUUCUGUUGAAUUUCAGUGGCUCAGACUCUUUCAUCAUACCCGACGAACUGCCAUCGAUUUUGUCAGUAAUCUACUCGAAUAUUCCCACCUUCAAAAAAGGUACUGAUUCAAGGAUAGGAUGGGGUUUUCGACUGGGCGAUAGAGCCGAUUUCCAGGUUAUGGUUGAGUUGGGGCCUCAACUGAACACGCAACCACUGGCUAACCAAGGGGGCAGCAGCACUAAUAAAAGGAGUAGCUUAAACAAUUUGGCGAAUACUCUUUACGCUCAAAGACAGCAGGAAAAAAAGGAGAAUCAAGUACGAAAACAAGAGGAAGAAAAGAAACAACAAAACACGGACGCAGAAAACUGGAUAAACACUUGGAGCAAGAAAGUUUCCUCGCAAGAAGAAAAUGAAACUGAACCUUUGAAGCCAAAGCCUGGCAUAGCAAUAGGCGAAAUUGAUGCUAAAUCGGUUAUUCCAGACGACAAUACAGAGGAUAUAAAAAACAAGAAAUUUUUAACAAAAACCACCGUACCAAAGCUUGCCAAAACUACAAAUGCGAAGAAUGUGGAAAAUGAAGGACCACUCGAUGAUGUCGCUUUAGAUUAGAUAUAGAAAAUUAAAUAAUAAUUUGUAAAGUUAAAAAAAAUAUGAAUUUAAAAAUAAUGUGUUUUACACAAAUUAAUGCGUGCGUUCAGGGUCGGUCAGCGGCUGAGUGGCUGGGUAAAGCGGUUCCCUAACAGCACUUUCAGAUGGAGCGGAGCGUCCGCGCUGUUUUUGUGCUGCUUGUUUUUUUCAAGAUAGCCGUCAGACGAAAUCAUUUAUGUGAAAUUGUUUAUUUAAACUCAUGUAACUCGCGGACGCUCCGCAUCAUCUGAAAGCGCUGUAAACGGUUUCUUUUUACACACAAAAACAGUCAGCCGCUGAGCAAAAGUCUCAGCGGUCAGUCAGCCGCUGUGUUCCCUGAACGCGCACAAUGUGUGUUACAGAUUGUCUUGACAUAAGAUUAAUAUGUAAACAAUAUUCUAGUCAUUUCUCUUUUGUUCGAUAUGUUGAAAGGAUUAAUACAUAAAGUUAUGGAGUCAACUUAUUCAAAGUCAAUCAAAAAUAAAAAUGUAAAUACUGUAAAGGAUAAAAAAUGUUAUAAAUAUUAAUGUUUUAAUGAUU